UAUUGAGCCUUUAUUUACUGUAGUUUAGUCUCUCUGCUGUUUUAUUGGAACCUAAUCAUUAUCAUCCAAGUAGCGUCAUUCAGUCGGCCGCCGCUACGAUGUUUCCGUGCUGGGAAAGGGGCACUAUUUGUCUAUCACCAAGACGCCUCGGCUGGUUGACGCUUCUUCUUCUGCUGCAGCUUCACUGCUCCAACGGAUGUUCCCUUCACCAGCCGACGGCCGUUAACCUGGACGACAUGGUGGCGGAGGCGAUGCUGCACCACCGCCAGGACGACCGCAUCGUCCUGCACGGACUGGCGCCGAGUGACAUCGUGACGGACAGCGUGGUGCUCCGCCCGCGCCUCGGGGAGGACGCAGCGUUUAACUGCAGCGUGCCGGCCGAUGCCGACUGGCGCGACGUCUCCUGGCGGCACCAGGACUGGACCGUCUUCGAAGCCGGUGCGCCGUUUCCCUUGCCGGAAGAGGACACCACGGGACAGAAGUACGCCUUCCGCCGCGUCAACCACACCCUCUUCCUCGUCGUCCGCAACGUGACGCUGGGCUCGAGCGGCUCCGUCCUGUGCGUCCUGUACCCCUUCUCGAGCCGGCAGCGCAUUCUACAGCGCUUCCUGCUGCUGCCUGACAUCACGCGCCGCACCGACGUCUUCGCGGCGCCCGACGCUCCGCAUGUGACCGCCACCGAGGGCGAGGCCGUCACGCUGCAGUGCAGUAUCCGGCUGCCCGUACCGGAGAAGAUCCUCUGGUAUUUGCCCGAGCAUUUGAUGUGGGUGCAUCAUGGCCGCAUCGUCCAGGGUCCCGCGGAGGCGCCGUACGGCCUCCCGCAGCCCACCGGCGAAGGACCGCGUGCCGUGGAGCCGUACUAUAUUAUACCGGCCAACAACAGCCCAGGAAUCCUGCUGCCCUCCCGACUGUUGUUGCGGGCCGUCGCCCUGACUGACGCAGGGUGUGUGCAGUGCUUGUUCCGGCCGCACCAGCACAUCCACGAGUGGAUCGUCAGCACGACGACGCUGCGGGUUCUUCCCAAGAAUACCACACAGCAUCCGGCCGGUGGAGUCACAUGCAGCUGAUGAGGACGUGCGGUGUCGGCUUUGCUGGCGGAACUGAUCAGUCUGGUGUCCUCUUUAUAGACUUCGUUGUUUUUGCAGCGGCAGA